ACAAAUUGUGUUAUCAUAAUUCAGAUUUUAGACGGACACGGAUUAAAGAAUAACAAUAUUAUCACAUCUAUUAACUGUGAUAGUGUGAUACUAUGAGAAUAUGAGAUAUUCUAUGUAUGUUGUAUAAUAAUAAUAAUAAUAAUAAAAUGUACAUUAUGCUUAUUGCUUAAGAUGUUUUGUGUAUUAUGUUAAUUUCGGCAUGUUAAUUUGACUUUUAUUAAUUAAAUUUAUAAGUUUUAAUUGAUUUAAACAAAAAAACUUCGCUUUACAAUUCACAGUCCAGUGGCUACGAUGUAGUAAAUAGUAACUACAGUUGUUUAAAGAUACAUAAUUCUAAAAGAUACAUAAUUUAGAGCUGAUGAUGUCCAUUAGUGUUACUGUAGUUUCUAGAACACAUAUUUACAAAAUUCAUAUUGUGUAGAUAAUAAUAAUAAUUUAUGAGUUAUGAUCUAAACUGUUUAUAGAUUCUAAUGUUUUUAUUUUAUUACUAGUUUACGUUUUAAAUUAUUUACCUAGGUAGUUAAGCUUUAUUUACGUAAGGUGUAUUUAAUUAUUUAAAUAAUUUAAUCAUGGCUGAUUCGGGACAAUUUAAAAAGUACAUAGCAGAACAAAAGCUCAAAGCAUUUUCUAUUGGAGCAAUGGGAAAAACUCAACCAUCAAAAAAAGAAUUAAAUGAACAAAAAAAAAAAGAAGAAGAACAUGCUGCUGCUCAAGCCUUUGAAGAGUUUGUAGCAACUUUUCAAAAUGAAGGGAAAAAAAAUAGUAAAGUUUGGGUUAAAGCUGGUACAUAUGAUGCUGGAAAAAGACAGGAGGAUACUCGAGAAAAAGGUAAAUUAUACAAGCCUCAAGCCAGGGGAAAUACAGACUCAGAUAAAGCGGAUGACCUUUCUCGUUUUAUGGGUGAACGUAAAAGUGAAAGAAUGCUUACAAAGAAAAAAAAAGAAGGUGAAAAGAAAAAAAGUAAUCUAGAAUUAUUCAAAGAAGAACUAAAAAUGAUUCAAGAAGAAAGAGAAGAAAGACAUAAAUUCAAAGGAGUUUUACAAAAAACAAUUGAAGAUCCUGAAAUUAAGAGUAAUUUAAUAAUGGUUGAACCUGAUGAAAUUAAAGGUUCAUUUGAUUCAGGCGAUCCAAAUACUACAAAUCUAUACUUAGGAAACCUUAACCCUAAAAUUACUGAAGCUCAGUUAAUGGAAGUUUUUGGAAAAUAUGGUCCUUUGGCAAGUAUUAAAAUAAUGUGGCCUAGGUCUGAUGAAGAAAAGGCAAGAGGGCGUAACUGUGGCUUUGUAGCUUAUAUGAGUCGUAAAGAUGGGGAAAGAGCAUUAAAGAAUUUAAAUGGGAAAGAUGUUAUGUCAUAUGAGAUGAAAAUGGGUUGGGGUAAAAGUGUACCCAUACCACCUCAUCCAAUUUUUAUUCCACCUGCUUUAUUAGCUAUAACAUUGCCUCCUCCUCUUUCUGGGUUACCUUUCAAUGCUCAGCCGAUUUUGCCUCCAAAAGAAAAAAAGAAUCAUGGGCGUGCACGACAAGAUGGAGGAUAUUUUGAUAGAGGCCAACCAGUUGAAAAGAUUUUACCGCAGACUAUCAUUAAAGUGGUUAUACCCACAGAAAGAAAUUUGCUGAUGCUCAUUCAUCACAUGAUUGAAUUUGUAAUACGGGAAGGACCAUUAUUUGAAGCUAUGAUAAUGAAUAAAGAGUUGAAUAACCCAAUGUUUCAAUUUUUGUUUGACAAUUGUUCACCAACUCAUAUAUACUACAGAUGGAAGCUAUUUUCUAUGUUACAAGGUGAUUCUACUAAAGAUUGGCGCAUUGAUGAAUUUCGCAUGUUUAAGAAUGGAUCAAUUUGGAGACCACCACCAAUGAAUCCAUAUACUGUUGGCAUGCCGGAAGAACUUGUUCCUGAAGAAGAUUUGGUAACGAGAACUAAGGGAACUCUAAGCAUAUCUCAAAGGGAGCGCUUUGAAGAUCUCAUUAGAAAUAUGACACCCGAGCGAUUAAAAGUAGCUGAAGUCAUGGUAUUUUGUGUAGAACAUAGUGAUGCUGUAGAAGAAAUAUGUGAUUGCAUUCAAGAAUCAUUAUCUAAUGCUACAACUGCAUUACAUAAAAAAAUUGCACGGCUUUAUUUGAUAUCAGAUGUUCUACAUAAUUGUAGUUUAAAGGUUAUAAAUGCAACACAAUUUAGAAGAGGAUUUGAAACAAGGUUGAUUCCCAUAAUGGAAGAAGCCCUUAAAACUUAUAAGAGUUUAGAUUCUCAAAGUCAAGCCGAUGGUUUUAAACAUCGUAUAAUGCAGAUUUUUCGUGCUUGGGAAGACUGGGAUAUUUAUCCAAAAGAAUUCUUAUUUAGAUGCCAAAAUACUUUUCUUGGACUUUCAAUAAAUGAUAUACCUCAAGAACUAAUCAAUUCUCGUGAAGAAUUGCAAUAUAAUACAAAUUCAAAAUCUAUUGACGAGUCUGAAAAUAUAGAUGGAGCACCUUUAUCUGAUCCUGAAAAUCUAGAUAAUGAGGAUUUAGAUGGUAUACCUUUAGACGGUGCUACAUUGUUAAAACACGCAUAUGAUGACACACCUCCGGGGGAUACAGACAUUGAUGGUACACCAUUAUUAGAUGAUGAUAUUGGAGGUGUGCCAUUUACGGGAGAGGCAGUAGGAAAAAAUAUCAAAGCCGCUGCAUUUGUUCCAUCUAGAUGGGAAACUGUAGACCCUCAUGAAGCUGAAGAACAAGCAAUGACUACUAGCAAAUGGGAGAUGUUAGAAAGGGAAAAUAAAAGUUAUAAUAGUGAGUCCGUCGAUCAAGAUUCGCCAGAUGAUGACUUUAAUGAAACAAGAGAAAAUGCUGAUGAUCGAAGAGCUAAAUUAAGGGAAGUAGAAGUAAAAGUUAUGCAAUAUCAAGAUGAAUUAGAAUCUGGCAAAAGAGCAUUAAAAGGUGGAUGGAAUAUAUAUCAACAAGUGGAACACUAUAGACGUAAGCUACUUAAAAAAGUACAAAAGUCUCCGGAAAAGGAGUUGAAAUUAGAAAAAGAAAAAAAAGAUAAAGACAAAAUCAAUAAAAGAUUAAGUCCUGAUGAGGACUAUCGUGAUGGUAAAAAAAAGAAACGAUCUAGAAGUCCUUCAAAUAGUCCCGCGUAUAGUAAAUGGUCAUCUCAUAGCAUAAGAAGUGAUAGUUUAAGUCCUCCUUCAAGAAAAAGACCAAAUUCACCACAACGCAAUAAUAAAAAAACAAGAAUAUCACCAAUUGAUUCUCCUCGUUCAUUAUCCAGAAGAAGGGACCGUGAACGUGAUGAAAGGCAUAACUAUCGACACAAAAGAUCGCAUUCACGAUCACCUCAUCGGCAUCAUGUACGGACACCUCCAACACCAUUGUCACAUACAACACGAAAGCACAAACACAAAUAUUGAUUAAGAAUACUUAUUGUGUACUGAAUAAUAUUUGUUGUCAUGUUUUUCCUAUAUUUAUAUUUACAAUUCUUAUAAAUAAUUGUACUAAUGAUUUUGUCAAUUUAUAAAAUUAUUAUUCAAUUUUAAAAAUAAAAUAGAUUUUAAUAAUCAAAUUUAAUUCCUUGUAAAUGUUACAACUUUGACUUUUAACUGUCAAUUUGUAACUUAAUAUUAUAAUGAUUUUUACUAAAAUAUUUCUAUAAUUGUGAAUAGUGAAGGCUUCAUUUUUAUUUUUUCCAACUUUAAAAAUGUAAAAUGUUUAAUUUAAGACUCAGUUUUAUUUUAUUAAAUGUGUUUAGCUUAAAUGUAGUAUUAUAUCUGUGUAUACAUGUUUAAAACCAUACUAAAAAGAUGGGCAAGUGGGUACCGCUCUGAUGUACAUAAGUGUUGUGUGGAUCACUAUAAUGUAUAUGUUAAAUUUAAAUUCAAUGACAUCAAAUCAUUGAAAAUACAAAUAACGAAGACGGUUAUGUCAGCCUAUAUUCAUAGUUUAUAAAUAAUAUUGUCUUAGCAUAUUUUACUAAGUAUAUAUUUUAUGAUAUAUGAUUGCUAUUAAAGUAAAUUAUUUUACUAUAA